CCAGAGCGUCCACCGAGCAAGAUGGUGGCUCCCGAGUCUCCUCUCCCACCAGCGGAGCGGAAGUAAACUUUCCUGGCUAAGUUAGAUGAAUGGUCCCCUUUAGCCUGGCGGGCUGCCCCCCUCCUGCCUCCCUACCAACUCCCCCCGUCAAGGGAGGUGCUUCGGUGUGCGGGGGAGGCUGGGGGGCAAGAGCAUUUGUGCAGGGGUUGGGGGUGCCCUGCCCCCCCGAGGAGGAAUGGUGCCCCCAGGGAAGAAACCAGCCGGAGAGGCUUCCAACUCCAACAAGAAGUGCAAGCGUUACUUCAACGAGCACUGGAAAGAGGAGUUCACCUGGCUGGACUUUGACUACGAGCGGAAGCUGAUGUUCUGCCUCGAGUGCCGCCAGGCCCUGGUGCGGAACAAGCAUGGCAGAGCGGAGAAUGCCUUCACUGUGGGCACGGACAACUUCCAGCGCCACGCCCUGCUGCGCCACGUGACCUCGGGGGCCCACCGCCAGGCUCUGGCUGCCAACCGGGGCCAGCCCUCUUUUGAGGGCCAGGCUGAGGGCGGAGGGGCCUGCCCAGGCCUGGCCACCACCCCCAGCUCCAGGGGCGUCAAGGUGGAAGCAGACCCGGCUAAAGUGGCCGUGCUGACCACGGUGUACUGCAUGGCCAAGGAGGAAGUGCCUGACGACCGCUGCUCUGCCCUGCUUGAGCUGCAGAGAUUCAACCUGUGCCAGGCGCUGCUGGGCACGGAGCACGGCGAUUACUACAGCCCCAGGAGGGUGAGGGACAUGCAGGUGGCCAUCGCCAGUGUCUUGCACACAGAGGCCCGUCAGCGCCUGAAGGCAUCCCCGUAUGUGGGCCUGGUGUUGGACGAGACCAGGGACUGGUCUGAGUCCCACAGUCUGGCCUUGUUUGUCACUUCAGUGUCCCCCUGCGAUGGCCAGCCUGCCACCACCUUUCUGGGCAGUGUGGAGCUACAGGAAGGCGAGGCCACUGCUGGCCAACUCCUGGACAUUCUGCAGGCUUUCGGCGUGUCUGCAUCCAAGCUGGCCUGGCUCAGCUCAAGCCUCCCCAGUGACCGCCUGGGGAGCGUGUGCCCGCAGCUCCGGGCCACCUGCCCACUGCUCACGGAGCUACACUGCCUCCCUGGCCGGACAGACCCCAAACCCCCUGCCUACCUAGGUGAAUAUGAAAGCGUACUGGAUGCCCUAUUCCGCCUGCACGGCGGCCCCAGUUCUCACGUGGUCCCCGAACUCAGGGCGGCACUGGACCUUGCAGCUAUUGACUUGGCAGGACCACGGCCAGUGCCCUGGGCCUCCCUGCUGCCAGUGGUGGAAGCUGUGGCUGAGGCUUGGCCUUGCCUGGUGCCCACCCUGGAGGCCUCUGCCCCAGCCUCGCCUACCACGAGGGCGCUGGCCCUCGCCCUUCGCCAGUUCACCUUCGUGGCCUUCACCCACCUCCUGCUGGAUGUUCUGCCCUCCGUGCAGAAGCUGGCCCUUGUCCUGCAGCCAGAGGAGCCGGAUUUGGCCUUGCUGCAGCCUCUGGUGAUGGCAGCUACAGCCUCCCUCCACGCACAGUGCAGUUCAGCAGGCCCGGCCUCCGGAGCCCCCAGCCCGCUGCUGGCCUCCCUGGCCCUGCCCGCCAGGCCUCUGCAGCCCCCGCUGGACUUCAAGCACUUGCUCACCUUCCACUUCAAUGGCGCCACCCCGCUCAAUCUCUUCCCCAACUUCAGCACGAUGGACCCGGUCCAGAAAGCUGUCAUCAGCCACACAUUUGGGGUCCCCUCUCCCCUGAAGAAGAAGCUCUUCAUUUCCUGUAACAUCUGUCACCUGAGAUUCAACUCAGCGAACCAGGCCGAAGCACAUUACAAAGGCCACAAACAUGCCAGAAAACUCAAGGCUGUUGAAGCUGCCAAGAGCAAGCAGAGGCCGCAAACCCUGACCCAGGAUGAGACGCUGGCGUCCCCCACCCUGACUCCAGCCGGUGGAGCCCCUGAAGAGCUGCGCAGCAAAGCAGUUCCUGCGGCCCCUCCUCCUGAUCCCGAAAUCCAGUCACCCCGGAGUCCAGAACCCACACCCAGGGAGCCAGUGCCCUCAGACCUCUUGGAUGCUGUCUCCUCUUCCUCCUCUUCAUCCUGCCCACCCUGCUCCCCAGAGCCUGGGCCAGAGGCCCCAGAGCCUGAACCAGCGGCAGCUGCUGUGGGAAGCGGUGUGAGUGGGGAAGGCAGGGGCGAGAAGGGGCGCCUCUACUGCGCCACAUGUAAGGUGACUGUGAAUUCUGCCUCCCAGCUUCAGGCUCACAACACAGGAGCCAAGCACCGGUGGAUGGUGGAAGGUCAGCGGGGCGCUCCCCGCAGGGGCCGGGGCCGCACGGUGCCCCGGGGAGGAGCUGGACACAAGGCCAAGAGAGUGACAGGGGGCCGGGGGGGCCGGCAGGGGCCCAGCCCCCCGUUCCACUGUGCUCUCUGUCAGCUCCAGGUCAACUCAGAGACCCAGCUCAAGCAGCACCUGAGCAGCAGGAGACACAAAGACCGUGUGGCCGGGAAGCCUCCCAAGCCCUCCAGCCAGCACAGCAAGCUGCAGAAGCAUGCGGCACUGGCUGUGAAUCUUCUCAAGUCUAAACUGGCCUUGCAGAAGCAACUCACCAAGACCCUGGCAGCCCGCUUCCUGCCCAGCCCGCUCCCCACCGCGGCAGCAGCCAUUUGUGCCCUGCCAGGGCCCCUGGCCCUCCGGCCUGCCCCCACAGCGGCCACCACCCUCUUCCCAGCUCCGAUCCUGGGUCCGGCUCUGUUUCGCACCCCAGCGGGAGCCGUUCGCCCUGCCACGGGACCCAUCGUCUUUGCCCCCUAUUAGCCCUCCCAGCAGUCGCCUCUGCCCACCACCGGCCCUGAUCCCUCUCCCUUGAGAUGCCUCAGUUCCAUCCAUCCCUCAGGAGAAUGCCCUGUACAGCCUCGGGGGUCCUGCCCAAUCUAGGAAGAGCUGGGCUAACGCUAAGAGCUGCUCUGCCCAGCCCUCAGUCUGCACUGGGGACUCAACUAAUGCCACCCUGGCCCACGGACCAUCCAUCUGCACCCUCCCUGCCUCUGGUGUCUAGGGCUAGUCCUGGUCUCCCCUCCAUUUCCCAUCCUGACUUACAGGGAGCAAACCGAAAAACCCAAAGAUCUAUGCAAUAAUCCUAGCCCCAGUCCCAUGGUGCUCUCAUCCCCCCAACUCAAGACCUACAGCCAUGUGGCCAGAGGCCCAAGGAAUCUGACUUUCUCCUAGCCUGAGGACAAGACUGUGACCUCUAUUCCCAUGCCCUGCAGGGGGUGGGGUGGGGGUGGUCUUCCCCAUCCACUGGAUUCCCCAGAGAAUCACUGGCGAUGAUGGAGGGGGUCUCCAGCAGGAGUGGGUUCAAGGCUGCCUGGACAAGGGUGUGGUGGAGGACCAUGGAGGAGAGAGGGAGCAGCACCAAGUGGGGCAAAGCCAAGGGGCGGCUGGAGCCGCAAGCUUCUGGGGUUUCCACCUGCUGAUAGGAUGAGGUGAUGGUGAUGGUGAUGUUCUGGCUGGGCCGUCUGUAAUAGAGGAAAUGACCAGUCCCACACAUGUUCUCCCCUCUUAGCCUUUCAUUGAGUCUUCCUGAACCCCAGCUCUCGAGGGGGAAGUGGGGUGACACUGGGUCUCCCUCAGACUAUGGGCCCCCCUGACACCAAAUCCACCCCCCAGGGCUCCCCUCCAGUUCCUCACUUCAAACUGGCCCCCAGCACUCAACUCAGCUUUCUCCCCAGACCAGCAGCCCAAGCCCCCCUCGCCGUGAACCCGAGUGUUGGGAUCCACUCUCAAGACCCAUUUUCGUGCUGUCAAGAUUACUGCCACCACCCGCCUCCCACCCCAGCACUGCCACCCACCACCCCACGAUAUGGGACUUCGCCAGUAUCCGCCUGUUAUCUUUUUUUUAAAAAGCUAUUUCCAAUGGGGGUACAAGAAAAAAAGGGGGGAGGGGAGGGAAA